CUAGUUCUGCACGGCGACCGCUCCAUAAAAGAUGCACUAUUACCGGUAUUCUUCUGCUGAAGUCAGCUGUUGGUACAAGUACCUGCUCUUCAGUUACAACAUAAUCUUUUGGUUAGCUGGAGUUGCCUUUCUUGGAGUUGGUCUGUGGGCCUGGAGCGAAAAGGGUAUAUUAUCUGACAUAUCCAAAAUGACUCGUCUCAACGGCUUCGACCCCGUCAUCCUCGUCUUGUUGGUUGGAGGAGUGAUGUUCAUUCUUGGAUUUGCUGGAUGCAUAGGAGCCUUGCGGGAGAAUAUUUGCCUUCUGAGAUUCUUCUGCGGCACCAUUGUGCUGAUUUUUAUCCUGGAGUUAGUUGUGGCCGUGCUGGCUUUCUUGUUCCAGGAUUGGGUGAGGGACCAGGUGGAGACCUUCUUCAAGAACAACAUUAAGUCGUACCGAGAUGACAUCGACUUGCAGAACCUCAUCGAUUCUUUGCAGAAAAUAAACCAAUGCUGCGGUGCCCAGGAUCCAAACGACUGGGACCUGAACAUCUACUUCAACUGCAGCAGCAGCAGCAAAAGCCGGGAGCGGUGCGGGGUUCCUUUUUCCUGCUGUAUUCCCGACCCUGCGCAAAAAGUUGUGAACACGCAGUGUGGUUAUGACAUAAGAAGUAUGGCCAGAUCAGUUUGGGAAGAACGGAUCUUCACCCGGGGCUGCAUCCCUGCUCUGGAAGCCUGGCUGCCCAGGAACAUCUACAUCGUGGCCGGGGUCCUCAUCGCCAUUUCAUUACUGCAGAUCUUUGGAAUUUUCUUGGCCAGGACGCUGAUUUCAGACAUUGAAGUGGUAAAGGCAGGCUACCAUUUCUGAAGACACAAGUAGAGAUCUUCUGCAC